AUGCCGGAGUAUUCGCAGACAUAUCUCAAUGAUCUUGGCAGAGAGUGGCUGGUCAGAUGGUCGAAUGCCGUAUGGAGUGUCAGAAGCCACGCGAGACUCGCGAUAUGUCUCAUGGCCAACAUCGCCAGCACCGAGGUCAUCGAUCGUCUGGCAACCAGCGAACUAUACCGCAAGAGAACCAAUGUCAUCUUCGGGGUAAUGUGGAACACCGACGACGGCCACUCAUGGCGCCCCUCAGUCACCAGCGGCGACAUGGUCGACCUGGAGACCGCUUGGGCGGCAGACAGACUCUGGCGUUUUGACCUCUUCGCCAUCGACAACAACAUAUAUAUUGCAGAAGGACAGUACGCCUCCGGCUGCCUUCGCCAGGCGGGUUUCGAUGUCCACGGUGUGAUGGAUAGGAUAUUCGAACUGGUAGAAGAAGAGGAAGAGGAAGAGCGGCUCCGCCGAAUCAACAACAUCCGACAAGCCAGAAUUCUUGCGCGAGAGCUAGUCCCCUGUGGCAGUCAUCUCCAACUGUAUCAGCCAGACAUGCUUGAAAAUUCCCGAAUUCAUGGACUACCUUGA